AUGCAGUACGCUGGGGCCAGCAACCCUUUAUACUGCCGCUGUUUCCCCAUGAGCCUUGGAAAAGGACCCAUGAACUGGUUCCAGAAUUUACCGAGCAACUCACUGCACGACUGGAACGGAGUUGUGUCAUGCUUUUUAGCCCAGUAUUCCUCGGUGCGCAGCAUACCGAAGACCGCGCAGACUUUGGCCUUGGUUAAGCAGAAGGAGAAGGAGUCUCUGAAGGCAUUUCUCAAUCGGUUCAACAAGGAGGCCGGUGAUAUCACCGGACUCCUCCCCGACACAAGGUUGGUCCUGGCUACUGCAGCCCUUGCGCCAGGACCGUUCCUGACCUCUCUGGACGGCAAGCCCGCCAACACUCUGGAGGAAUUCCUAGCUCGAGCAGAAAAAUUCAUAAACAUGGAAGAUGCCGCGACCCUAAGAGCCGCGAGUCAGACGCUCGCGAUCAAAGGACCGCCGAAGUUGAAGGAAAAUAAGGACCAACCUUCGACCCGAGAGUCCCGACGGAAGGGUCAGGACGAACGGAAGUCGAAGCGAAAGAAGUACGAUAGUUAUACCCCACUGAACUCCUCCCUUUCACGCAUCCUGAGGGAGAAAGCCUCCACCGACCUCAGAGACCGUCCCCCCCCACUCCUGACGAGAGGGGACAAGCUGGAUUCCAAGAGAAUCUGUGAGUUCCACGACAGCCCGGGUCACAACACUGACGAGUGCCUGAACCUCAAGGACAAGGUGGAAGAACUAAUCCGAGCAGGAAGACUGUCCAGGUAUGUAGCUGUGUCGACGGGGGCCCUCCAGCGCCCGCGCUCGCCACCCCCAAGACGGUCACCGACCCCUCCAAGACACCGAGACCGGUCUCCUCCCAAACGCCGAUCGGUGGAACGUCGCGACAGGUCUCCUCCGCGUCGCCACAGCCCCGAGCGUCGCCGGAGCCCCGAGCGUCGCGGACGCAGCCGGGAACGGCGAAGAAGCCCCGACCGCCACGGCCGGGAUGAAGUCAGAAGACAACAAGGGAAUAAUCUAGUCAGCGUCGGCUCAAUAGCAGGAGGAUGGGCCGCAGGCGGUCCCACCAACAACAGCCGGAAAAGGAGUACCCGCGUCAUCAUGUCAGCGGCUGGACGGCCCCGACCAGGGUCCCUCCACCCCCCAAGGCAGAAGGUGGCCAUAACCUUCACGGAGGACGAUUACGGCGAGGACACCGGCGAAGAAGAUGACCCCAUCGUCAUUGAAGCUCUGAUCGGCAACGGUAAGAUCCGAAGGACACUCAUCGAUACAGGUAGUUCCGCGGACAUUAUGUUUUAUGAUGCUUAUAAGAGCUUAGGGCUAUCGGUGAAAGACCUGCUCCCCUACGACCAUGAUUUGGUUGGGUUCACAGGGGACAGAGUCCUACCCUUAGGAUAUUUUGAUACUUGCCUUUCCUUGGGAGAUUACAGAAUUUGCAGGACUAUAAAAGCCCGCUUUCUGGUGGUGGAGUGUCCGACGACGUACAACGCCAUUCUUGGCAGGCCAAGCCUCAACACUUUCAGGGCGAUCAUAUCCACCCACCACCUGAUGCUGAAGUACCCCUGGGCAGGAAGGGCGGUACCAGUACGCGGCAAUCUAGAAAUGGCGAGGAGCUGCUACAACUCCAGCUGCAGACUGGCCAGGGAGGAAAGGAAGAAGAAGAAGUCCAAAAUGCACGACCAGCAGAACAACUUUCACGUUCAACACACCAGUUUCAUGACCGACCUUGACCCCCGCGUGGACCAGUCUAGAGACGACCAACGCCUCAAACCCGAUGGGGAGUCCCACCCCAUCCAGGUCGGUCCCCUUCCAGAGAACACUACCAACAUAGCUCGGGACCUUCCCCGAGACCUCUCCAAACGAAUGGAAAAAUUGCUACUUUCCAAUGGGAAGCUGUUUCCCUGGUCGUCAGCCGACAUGCCCGGCAUUGACCCCGCCUUCUGUAGCCACAGACUUUCCGUCGACCGGAAGUUCAAACCAGUUGCUCAGAAGAAGAGGCAGAUGAGCGCUGAGAAGCAGCAGGUUAUCCAGCAACAGACCACAGAGUUGCUUCAGGCCGGAAUCAUUCGGGAGGUCAAGUACACGACCUGGCUCUCUAAUGUGGUCUUAGUCAAGAAGGCAAAUGGGAAGUGGCGCAUGUGCGUCGACUACACUGACCUCAACAAGGCUUGCCCCAAGGACCCGUUUCCCCUACCGAGCAUUGAUGCGCUGGUCGACAGUUCCUCGGGAUACGAAUACCUCUCUCUUAUGGAUGCCUAUUCAGGCUACAACCAGAUUCCCAUGCAUAGGGACGAUGAAGAGAAAACUGCCUUCAUCACCGACCGGGGCACCUACUGUUACACGAUGCUGCCCUUCGGCCUCAACGCAGUGGCGACCUACCAACGGAUGAUGACCCGAAUCUUCGGGGACCUAAUGGGGAAAUCGGUCGAAGUCUACAUUGAUGAUAUUAUAGUCAAGACCCCAAAGGGAGGAGACCACGCGGCAGACCUCGCAGUCGUUUUCGAGCAGUUAAAGAAGCACAACAUGCGCCUCAACCCCGACAAGUGUACUUUUGGCGUUCGAAGCGGGAAGUUUCUGGGGUACAUGCUCACCAACUGCGGCAUUGAGUUGAACCCUGACAAAUGUCAGGCGAUCAUGAAUAUGAAGAGCCCGCGCACAGUCAAGGAAGUCCAACAGCUGGCCAGGCGCAUGGCCGCGAUCGGCCACUUUUUGCCAAAGGCUGCUCUCCGGGCCCUGCCUCUUUACACCCUCCUGAAGAAGGGAGCGACUUUUGAGUGGUCGGCGGAGGCCGACGCUGCUUUCACUCAGCUGAAGGAGACCCUAUCCUCCCCCCCUAUUCUGACUAGCCCAAAACCAGGGGAGACACUAUACCUAUACCUGGCCGUGCGGGAGAAAGCAGUUAGCUCUGUCCUAAUCAGAGAAGAGGAAGGAAGGCAGCUACCAGUCUAUUUUGUCAGCCGUUCAUUGAAGGGUGCGGAGCUCAGGUAUAAGAUGCUGGAAAAGGUGGCACUGACCCUACUAACCACGGCGCGACGCCUAAGGAGGUACUUUCAAGCUCAUCGCAUUGUGGUGCGAACCGAUCAGCCGGUCCGACAGGUCCUUCAUAAGCCUGAUCUAGCCGGUCGGAUGGUAAGCUGGUCCAUCGAGCUCUCCGAGCAUGACAUCCGCUACGAGCCCAGGAGAGCCAUUAAAGCACAAGUCCUAGCGGAUUUCUUGGUCGAACUCACCGAUGAGGAAGAGCCCCCUGCCGAGACUACCUGGGUGGUCAACGUAGAUGGCUCGAGCAACAAGGAAGGUGGCGGGGCUGGAAUCGUAUUGCAAAGUAGCACCGGGAUGGUGGUCGAACAGUCCCUCCGCUUUAACUUCCCAACUACAAACAACCAGGCCGAGUAUGAGGCCUGCAUUGCGGGACUGGUCACAGCCCGAGACCUGGGAGCUAAGGAGAUACUUGUCUGCUGCGAUUCACUUCUAGUCGUCUCACAAGCAAACGGUGAAGCUCAAGCAAAAGAUCCCAUCCUGGAGCAGUACUUGGCCCAUUUGAAGCGACUGGCUUCAACCUUCACCAAAGUGGAAUUCUGCCACGUCCCCAGAGCCCAGAAUGAUCGCGCAGAUACCCUGGCCAAACUGGCCAGCACGGGAAAGCCUGGCCUGAAUGGAACGGUUAUUCAGGGGACCCUAGCCCUCCCCUACGUAGCUGACCCCGAUCGUCCAGUGGGACAAGUUAUGAUGCCGAUCGGUACUGAAGACGAUUGGAGGACCCCGAUCAUCAAGUAUCUCAGAUCAGGAUGGCUGCCCGAGGAGAAAGCUGAAGCCAAGAAGUUGGUACGACGCGCCUCCUGGUACACUAUCGUUAAUGAUGAUCUCUUCAAGCGGGGAUUCUCCACCCCCCUUCUGAAGUGCUUGGCUAAGGACAGAGCAGCCUACGUCCUAGCAGAAAUCCACGAAGGCAGCUGCGGCCACCAUCCGGGCGGGCGUUCCCUUGCCCGAAAGGUACUCAGAGCCGGCUAUUACUGGCCCACCCUAGAGAAAGACGCCGCGGAGCAUGUCAAGCAAUGUGACCCCUGCCAGAGGCACGCCGAUCUGCACAACGCUCCCCCUGCCCGUCUUUCUUCUCUGGUCAGUCCUUGGCCUUUCCACCAGUGGGGCAUGGAUUUAUUGGGCCCGUUCGACACUGCACCCGGCCAACUCAAGUACUUGGUAGUAGCAGUGGAUUACUACACCAAGUGGAUCGAAGCCGAGCCACUAGCAACGAUCACCACAGCUCGAGUGCAACGCUUCUUCUACAAGAACGUUAUAAGUAGGUUCGGAGUCCCCGGGGUCCUGGUCACAGACAAUGGAACCCAGUUUACCUCUAAAGGGUUUAGGGACCUCUUGGACGGGCUACACAUCAAGCAGCGAUUCACUUCUGUCGAACACCCCCAGACGAACGGGCAGGCAGAGUCGGCCAACAGGGUCAUUCUCCGAGGCCUCCGGAAGAGAUUGGGGAGUGCCAAGGGCGACUGGGCCGAGCAGCUCGAUCACGUCCUGUGGGCAUACCGCACCACUCCGCACUCGACUACGGGGGAGAGCCCUUACCGCCUUACCUUUGGCACAGAAGCUGUGAUUCCGGCUGAAAUAGGAGAACCGAGCGCUCGGACAGCGGGUUUCGACCCCAACCAGAACGAUCAACUCAUAGGGGAAGACCUCGACCUCCUAGCUGAAAGGAGAGCGGUAGCCAACUGCAGAGAGCUAAUCGCAAAGCAGCAGGCAGCCAUCCGCUACAACAGGAAAGCAGUUCUCCGCUCCUUUACCACAGGGGACUUGGUCCUCCGGAAGGCCAGCGUCAGGGCACGAUCAACCGAGCGGGGAAAGCUAGCAGCCAACUGGGAAGGCCCUUAUAGGGUGGUCGAAGCAACUGGCACGGGAGCAUACAAGCUGGAAACCCUCGCAGGAAAAGAGAUCCCUCGCACCUGGAACGCAACCAACCUGAGAAGAUACUAUAGUUAA